AUGGUGUUUGACGAAGUGCUAGAGAUGGAGGAAUCCAUCUACCGCGAAGGCUAUGAGGAGGGUCUGAAAAACGGUGAAAAGGAAGGACGUCAGGAGGCACUCCUUUUUGGACUAGAACAUGCGUACAACCGAUUUCUCCUGCUCGGAGAAAUACAGGGCCGCUGUACGGUCUGGUUGGCGCAUGCGGACGAGCACCCAAAGUUGAGGAAGGCAAAACGUCAUUUGGAGCAGUUAGAUCAACUACUCCAAAAGGUGCCUUUUCACAACGAGACAAAGGAUGUCGAACACUCGUUUGACACGUUUUGGAACAAAAUUGAAGCAAAAUGCCGGCUCCUGUCUAGCGUCCUUGGCACCAAAAUCCUUCCAACAAAACCCGUUGACAAGUUAGACGGUUUUGAAUAA